GUGACGGAGCCGAGAGCGAAAGUGCGGCAGGCGCGCUGCCGCCUAGCCUUCCCGCCGCCCCCGUGAGGGCGCGCGGCAAACGACGGACGAACCUCAACCACAGCAGCAACCAUUCGACAUCAAUCCACCACCAACUUCAACAUCAACAGAAUCAGCAUCAACUUUCAAUUGCGUCUGGAGUCUCCCAGGCGGCACUUGUCACCCCCGCUAGCAUGAACGGUGCUGCCGGAGCGGAUCAUCACAUGAAUAAUAAUAAUAAUAGUUUAAAUAAUAAUAAUAGCGGUGUUAAUAAUAAUAAUAACAGUAGCAGUCUGAAUAAUAAUCACGCAGUGAAAAGUGAGAGGUUGAGUCCGGGCAGAGCGGCUUUGACGCCGGAUAAUCAGUCCAGUGCUAGCAGGUCUCGGAGUGUAACACCAUCCUCUUCGAGUUACCCAGGAACGCCGCCUCAGAACCCCCACGACCGCGGCCCCAGUCCUGCACAAACGCAAGCCACCAUCAGACACAUGGAGCAAGUCAUGGGGCGAAACUGUUCAGACUUCAUACGCAGCCUGGCUGCCAAAUACAACAACUCAAAUCCUAAUGAUUACUUUGGAGCAGCAAGAAACGGCUUCCCAGCACUCGAUCCUCGAUUCGCAGGUCCACCGUUCAAAGGGUCACCAUUUCCAGGUCUUCUUGCUCCGCUGUUACCCGGAGCAGCAAGUUCUGCUGCUGUCAGCGUUUCUCCUUCGACAUCUGCCACAAGUCAACGCGGUAGUCCGACACAACAAACGCUGGCGGCUACAGCUGUAGCUGCAACGGCUGCAGCAGCAGCAGCCCAAAGAGAAAGGCCGCUGGCUGCUGAUUCGCCGCCGAAACGAACGGGCGAGACUGGGCCAUCGAUGUAUCCUGGAUUUCCGUUUCCACCAGGUUCUAUGUUUCAACCUCUAAUCGACAUGAGCAGUACGCAAGCUCUCGUACAAAUGAUGCGAGCUGCCAAAGAAGACCAAAUGCAAACGCUGCUUAAAAACCCAUCAUCUCUGUCGCCGUCGGCAGCCACUACAAUUCUUCACAGUCCUCCAACCUCGUCGCUUAAUAUUCCAAAUACCAACUCCAAUGCGUCAUCUCUGGGGGGCCUGCCAACAUCGGCAGUUGCUCCUUUAACAAAACGUUCGUCUACUGAUAGUCAUCCUUUAGAUUUGAGUUCGGCGAAUUUGGCAAAGAGGCCAAAAAUGACCGAUAGGAUAGCAGGGAGUACGAAAUCCUCGGCCGAAGUAUCGCCUUCGAUGCCUGCGGCGCAGAAUAGGUGUCCGGGGCCACCUCAUUGUGAAGGCGAUGUUGAACUGGCUUCGUGGGGCGUGGAAGACGUCUGCAAUUUUGUUGCUGGGAUUGAUAUCUGCGCGGAAUAUUCACAGAACUUUCGAGACCAAUGCAUAGACGGAAGCGGACUGCCUCUUCUGACCGAAGAACAUUUAACGGGAUCCUUGGGCAUGAAAUUGGGACCUGCCCUGAAACUUCGCUCAAUCUUGGCCAAAAGAACAGGAUCUUCUUGUCCUAACUGUGGAGGACGCAGGACAUCCCAAUCUGCACCACAAUCACCAUCAGGAGGAAACAGGGAAAACGAAUUUAAACACAGGCCUCUUAGUCGUGGUUCUAAUGCUGGAAACAGUUAGCCAAAUAAAAUAAAAAAAAUGUGUGAAAUUAAUCCGAAAAGACUUGUGCUAGUUUUAAUUUAAGUUUGAACAGAAAAUGAACUAAUUAGUUUAUAGUGUUUUAAUGAACCCAUGACAAGGUGUAAGGUUUGUUAUUGUAACCUUGUUGGAAUUUCGAAACUAUGAUGGUCUUCUUCAGUUGAAGAAAUAGACAAUCCAUAAGAAAACAUUUAGUGUGAAAUAAAUUCACAAAAGAUGUGCAUAAGAAGGUUAAUAGAAUUAAUAGAAUUUUGGAAUAAUUGGGCAAUAAAUUCUUAAUAAUAGAAAUUUUUAUCAAGAAACUUUAAUGUGCAUAUAGAAAGAGAUGAAGUAAAAUAUUAGCUAAAUUACGAAGUUUAUAAUAAUUCAAUCACGUAUAA